UGCGUUCCCACUUCCAAAGUGACGGCGCGUCUCCGUCCCUAUUGUGAGUCUCCGGUUAAGAUAGCCAUUUGGAGGAACACUGUACCCAAGUCCUCCUUCGAGAACUUAGAAAAGUCUCGACCACGGUCGCGACCAACCAAACCUUCGUUCUUCCCCCUGUUCGCGACGCUGAGCUCAGCUCUUUCCCUCUCUGUUCUCUCCUCCUCCUCUCUCUCCUUCUCGCUCCAAAUUUGGAACUUGUUUUCUUGGAGAGAAGAAUGUCUGGAGGGGGAACACAACAGAGCUUGAGGAAAUAUUUAGGGGCCAUCAAGGACACAACCACAGUUAGUUUGGCAAAAGUGAACAGCGAUUAUAAGGAAUUAGACAUUGCGAUUGUAAAGGCAACAAACCAUGUUGAGCGUCCAGCAAAGGAGAAGCACAUUAAAGCUAUUUUUUAUGCCAUUUCAGCUGCAAGACCUCGGGCUGAUGUAGCUUACUGCAUUCAUGCUCUUGCGAGGCGUCUAGCAAAGACACACAAUUGGGCGGUUGCAUUGAAAGCAUUAAUUGUUAUACAUCGUGCUUUGCGGGAAGUAGACCCCACAUUCCGUGAAGAGCUUAUCAAUUAUGGAAGAAGUAGAAGUCAUAUGCUCAACUUGGCUCAUUUUAAGGAUGACUCUAGUGCAAGUGCAUGGGAUUAUUCUGCAUGGGUGCGGACCUAUGCUUUAUAUUUAGAGGAAAGGCUUGAAUGCUUUCGAGUGCUUAAGUAUGAUGUCGAAACAGAUCCCCCGAGAACUCGGGAUCUUGAGACAGCUGAGUUGCUGGAACAAUUGCCAGCACUACAGCAACUUCUCUUUCGCCUGCUUUAUUGCCAACCACAAGGAGCGGCAGCAUAUAAUAUUGUAAUUCAUCUGGCACUUUCAAUGGUUGCUGGAGAAAGUGUUAAGAUUUAUAAUGCCAUCAGUGAUGGUACAAUCAAUUUGGUUGAUAAGUUUUUUGAGAUGCAACGCCAUAAUGCUGUUAGGGCACUUGACAUAUACAGAAGAGCAGGUCAACAGGCAGAGAGACUGUCUGAAUUCUAUGAAGUAUGCAAAAGCAUUGAUAUUGGACGUGACAGAUUUAUAAAAAUUGAACAGCCCCCUGCAUCAUUUCUCACAGCCAUGGAGGAAUAUGUAAGAGAUGCCCCACGAACAUCAACGGUUCGCAAAGAUCAGGUUACAGAUGAGAAAAAUGCCGCUCCGAAGGUUGUGUUGGCAAUAGAAGACAAGAAAACCCCUGAAGUGGAAGAAGCACCAUCUCCACCUCCCCCACCUCCAGAACCAGUUAAAGUUGAAGCCCCUGUGUCUGAGCAAACAGAUUUGCUGGGAUUAAAUGAAACCAGCCCAGAUACCUCUGAACUUGAAAACAAAAAUGCUUUGGCACUAGCCAUCGUUCCAGUUGAUACUGUCCCUACAACUGCCCCUUCUGGUGGUCUUAGUUCAGAGAAUGGAACAACUGGCUGGGAAUUGGCACUUGUCACAGCUCCCAGCUCAAAUGAAAGUGCUGUGGCUUCAAGUAAAUUGGGUGGUGGGCUUGACAAGCUCACCUUAGACAGCUUAUAUGAUGAUGCAGAUAGACGGGCAAACCAGAACACAAGCUACAACCCCUGGGAGAUGACAUCUAUGGCUGGCCCUGUUAUGCAACCAGUGGUUCAUGAUCCAUUCUAUGCCUCGAAUGCAAUUGCUGCACCUCAUUCUGUGCAGAUGUCUGCCAUGGCCCAGCAACAGCAGGCUUUCAUGCUGCAGCAACAGAUGAUGAUGAUGGGUCAGCAGCAACACCAGGCCCCUUUAAACCCAUUUGGUAAUCCAUAUGCAACGGUUGGUGUUCAUCCAUAUGGCUCCGUGCUGAUUCAGCCAAACCUUGGAGUUGGUAAUUUCAAGAAAGUCGAUGCAGUAUGGUGAUGUUUCAUCCAAAAUCAAAUGUCAUUUGUGUCGCUGCUGGCAACUCAGCUUCCUAUAUGGCUUCUUGAAUGACAAACUUGAAUUCCUGUAAACCUUUGGAUGACUGCAUGAUGAAGGCAUAAUCAAACAGAAAAGGCUUUGAAAAUGCAUGCAAACAGAUCCAGAAACUUCCCCUAGAUGUUACGGAUGCAGCAGUCAGGAUUGGUGAGCAACCUAAAUGUUGGAUCGUCAUCCGUUUUAUCAAUUGAGAAGCCAAAAAUGGCCAAAGAGCAAAAUGGUUAGUAGAUCCUGCGUGCUUUAAAUUCAUUAGCGAUUAUGAUCAUGGAACAAUGUAACGUUGCAACUAAUAGAUCUCAACUGCUUAUGUAUAAUAUUUUUAUUCGUAUUGAAGUUGAAGUACAUCCCUGUGAA